CAUUUGAUCUGCAUUUAGCGCCCUCUUUUUAUUUCACGGUAUUCACGUGUUGUUUGAUUUGCCCGAUCGAGUGUCAAUGCUCUUCGAGCUUAAAUCUUGUUUUGUUGAUAAUCUUCAAAAUAUCGAAAUUAGUAGCAAUGAUGAGAGACUGAACUUAAUAUUUGUUGUUCUUGAUUCAGACUCUAAAUUCUAUUCCAUUAUGGAUCCAGAACAAGUUAUGCGACAAUUGGAGAAUUCAGCCGAAAUAUUAUUGGCACCUCCAAAUGUUAUAAAUAGUGAACAAAGGCAUUGUGCAGAAUCAGUAUUUUUGAAUUUUCAAAAGUCAAAGAAUCCAUUUCAUAUGUGUCAAUAUAUUCUUGCUAACAGUAAAUCUGACUAUGUACAAUUUCAAGCAGCAUCUCUUUUGAAACAAGCUGUUAUAAGAGAAUGGAAAUUAAUGGAACAAACAAAUAAGGAUCAACUCCGGACUGGUCUAUUGAAUUUUGUUAUUCAAAACCAUUGCUUACAGAACUAUGUUAGAGAGCAACUGUUGUUGGUUGUAGCUAUUAUGGUGAAGCGCACAAGUGUUGAGCAGGACUCAGAGGUUGUGGCUGAUUUUCUAACUGAAGUGUCACAAUUAAUUAGCAGUGGCGAUUCAACUAUGCAAGCUAUUGGGUGUUCCAUACUAACAGCUUUACUAAAUGAGUUUUCAAGUUCCACAAGAGCCAGCGAUGUGGGCCUUACAUGGGAAACACAUUUGAUGGCUAAAAGGAAGUUCGAGAAAACAGAUUUGAAGAGAUUGUUUCAGUUUUGUCUGCAAGGUCUCAAUGAAUUGAACAAAGUUGGCUCACCUAUUCCUCCUGAGACUACUAAACUCUUCAAAAAAUUUCUAAUAAUUGCUGAACAGGUUCUUACAUGGAAUUUUCAGUUUGCAAUGAUUUUACCUAGGAAAUUGGUUGGGAUGUUUGAGUCUCAGCCAAGUCCUGCCUUAAGACCUAACAGUGAAUGGCAUGAUGUGUUUUUAGAUCCAAAUGUGAUAGGCUUAUUUUUCAAGCUUCACUGGCAAGUUAGGGAAAAUCCAGAUCUGUGUCAUCAUACUCUUCAGUGUUUUUAUCAGUUAGCAUCAUUAAAUGGCAGUGUAAUGAAUAAAAUGGAAGCUAGGUCAACGUAUCUUGGAUGGUUCAUUGAAAAUUUGCUGCGGUUAUUAUCUAGUGGUCCUUUGAAAGACUAUGAAGUAAUAGGAGUGUCCAAUAUGAUUAGUCGUCUUCAUGUGUUUUAUCCCAAUGCCUAUAUGUCCAGUAUAUCUCCGGACGUUUUACAAGCUUACCUUUUAAAACUGACUGAUUUAACUUGUCACUUCACCGAAAGAGCAGCUCAGGAAGAAUCACAACAGGAAGAUAAAGUCUAUAUGGAAGCAUUUGAGCAUCUCAUCGAGGCGUGGGCUACUAUUUUACAGGACAACCAAUUAUUCCCAUCCAAUUUGUUGAGAGAAUCGGCAAUCCAAAUAUUUAAUCAUUAUUUAAAAACCCAUCUUUCAGCACCUGACGAAAAUAGAGGCCCUGUAGGAAAUAGCAACAAAGAAGAAAUAGAUGAGAUCGAAGAAGAUGAUAGAGUCAAAUAUCGUGAUCAGUUAACAGCUAUUGGUGUAUUUGGUAGACUUGUAAUUGACCACAGUGUUCCUAUAUUAGUGAGAUUAGUUGAAGACCGAAUUUCUCGAUUGCAUGGUCAGUUACAAAGAAUUCACCAGACUGGUGGAGCAAAUGAUACCUCUGUUCUUGACUGUUUGAACGAAGACAUACAUUGGCUAGUCAUGAUAUCUGGUCAUGUGCUUUCAUCAAUAAGUGAGGGUGAAACUGCACUAAUUCCUUCUAAAAUCAUAAGAUAUUGCCUGAGUCAAGCAGAAAAUGUAAAUGUUGAAACAACACUUCAGGUUUUAGCUUCUCCUACUCACAGAACAUGUGACAUUCCAGGUGCUGAAGUUUCUACUGAUUUAGUUGUAAGGCUUAUAGCUGCUGUCUUUAGGCUAUGUGAAGUUGAGAAACGAGCUAUUGAAGCAAAUUUAACGCAUCUACUAAGUCCUGAAGUAGGACUUACAUUGGUAUGGUUUUUGGGUCGUUUCUGUAUCACAUAUUUAUUACCCAAUGAGUCUUAUUACAAUGAAAUGAGUUUGACACUGACUCAGGCAUUUGGUAAAGAUACUGAAGCUGGUCUAUGGACACUAAAUUUUGUAAUUGGAAAACUAGAAUCGAAUCUUUCGCUUUGGACAAGUGAAUCAAAACUAGUGACUGAAACAGCAUAUAUUCUUACAAUGGUCCUAAAUAAUACUGAAAGGGGUGAUAAAGCCAUAAACUGUUCUUCCUUGAUUAGUUUAGUUAAAAAGCAAUCCAGUGGUGUCUUUCAUAACCUUCCUACUGCAGCUAAACGUUCAUUGCUCAAAUCUUUAGUUAUUGUUGGUACUGCAAAUAAAACUCCAGAAGUAAGAGACAGGUAUUGGGAAGAACUUCUAAAGCCUCUACAGGAGAGAUACCAAGCAGUAAUGAAUUCACCUACAUUUAUGCAGAAUUAUCAAACAAAGCAAGUACAAACUGAAGUCAUGGACAUAAUUGAAUGCCUGGCUGGUGUCGUGGAUGGGUGCACAAUGUCUAACUUGCAAUAUCUGGUGCCAGUUGUUAAUCCUUUAUUUCAAGAACUUGUUAAACUUGUAGAUAUUUAUCAUAAUCAUCAUGAAAUUGUUGGAAUGGUUUUUCAAGUGUAUUGUGUGGCUGCUAAGAGGGUCUUGUGUUAUUUAAGUCAGGCAGGUGCUAAGGUCCUUUAUGAGUGCUGUGUCAACAUGAUUCGUAUCUAUGCUAAAUACAAUAGUGGUAAACUCAGUCGGGAGGCAAGUGCUGAAGAAGAACAAUAUCAAGACAUUCUUCUUUUAAUGCAACUUUUAACUGAUUUGCUUUUUAAAGAUUUUAUUGACUUUGCUCCAGAAACUUUAGAUCAAGACAAUGCUGAAGCAAAUAUUUCUGCUGCAGAUGUAUCUUUAUAUGGUCUUAGUAUAAUUAUGCCUCUAAUGACAGCAGAUCUUCUAAAUUUUCCAAGCUUGUGCUUGCAGUACUUCAAACUCAUCAUUUCAAUUUGUGAAAUACAACCAGCUAAAAUAUGUCAAAUACCUGAAAACCUCAUGAAAUCCUUACUUUCAUCUGUACAGUUUGGGCUUACUUCCUAUACCACCGAAAUUUCACUUUUGUGUUUGGAUUUUUUGUCUGUCCUUGGAAGGCAUGUUUAUCAAAAUCCAAAUCCAAGAACACCUAUGCAUGAGGCUUUGGAACCAUUUUUGAAAGUUGUCUUCGAUAUGUUAUUCUUGCAGCCCUUAGAUGCGGAUCUCACUCAAUCUGCAAGUGUAACAUUAUACACUCUCAUCUGCUGUUUUCAAGAAAAGUACAAACAGUUAGUACAAGAGCUUAUCAACAGUCAGUCAGAUGCUAGUACUGUGCAAAGACUACUCACAUCAUUUAACGAUUUAUCAACCAACAUGACAUUGAACUUGGAUCGCCACAGCCGAAUAAAAUUUAAGGAUGACUUUGAAAAGUUCAUUACCGAAGUUAGGGGUUACCUCUGUGUAAAAUAAUAUACCUGUUGUGCCAUUGUUCAUUACCGUUGUCUGUUGGCUAUAAGUUACCUGGCUGGAACUAUCGCAUUUCCUACUUCAUUGUUUCAUUUUUCUAAAUGUGUGAUAAAUGCUCACUAUCGCUUGUUUGAAAUCUCCUGUUCAACUGUGUUGAGUUGCAGAUUCCAGUGUUGUAAUAAAUAUUAUUUUUAGUUCAUAAAUGUUUUGAUUUUCUUAUUGGUUCAUGAAUUUUUUUUUUUUAUACUUAAUUGUUCAAUUCUUUUAUGAAUGCCACUUUUCAUUUCAAUAUAUUUGUACAAUUUUUCAAAAUGUAUUAUUUCCUGAUGCUUAAAACUUAAUUGAUAAAUAGCUAUACGGUGGAAUAACUUAACAGAUUUUUGUUAUGUAUAGUCCUUAUGGCUAAUAAAAGUUCAUAUAUUUAUGUAUUUGAAAUUUGUUAUUACUAGUUUGUUUUCCACUUGUGUAUAUUUCAAUUUAAUUUAAUAGAUUUGUUGAAGUUAAGAUAUGAUACAUUUAUUUAUUAAAAUAUUCAAAUUAUACUUAGCCUCUUUUCAAAACACUUUAUUCAUUUUGAAUACCAUUCACAGUUACAGUCUGAUUAAUAAAGAACCUAAUUUUUGGCCAAUAAUAUGUUAAGAGAAAAUAGUCUUUCGUGGUGUUCAUUAAUUUUAUUAAAUUUAAGUGUUGAUCUUUGAAAGUUUUUUAAAUUUGAUUGUAGCUUAUUCUAAUUAUUUAUGUAUAUGAAGGGAACAUCUUACUUUUG